CACGGCUUCACAUGAAGCCUUGACACAGAACCCACCCACUUCGUGUAUAACAACAACAUCACGUGAACUCACUUAAUAGUUUCUGUGUUCUGACAUAUUGUUGUUCCCUCCUCUCUGUAUCAAACUCUGCCAAAUAGGGAAUGGCUUAACCUCUCUCAUCCAAUCAUAUCAAGACACUUGGCUUUCAUCCCCCUAAUUUCUCUCCUUUCCCUUUCCCACAAUCUCAGGAUUUUGUCCUCUUUGCUUUGAAUCAUGAAACAUUCUUCCAUGUCUGGUUUGAUUCUCUGGGCCAUUUCUCUCCUCCUCACCACUUUCACCAUAGCUUCUUCGUCAAGUGAUGGACCUUUCUACGAUUCUACUGCCUAUACAGAGUGUAGAGCGGAACCAGAGAAACCACUUUACAACGGAGGUAUACUGAAAGACAAAGAACCUUCUGUUUCAGGCACAGACACUCUCAGGAGCGCUGGUUCUCGUUACACACCAGCUUACAUAUUGCACAACCUCACCCAAAACACCAUCUAUUGCUUCUCCAUUUGGGUGAAGAUAGAGGCUGGUGCUGCAUCAGCUCGUGUAAGAGCAAGGCUGAGAACAGACAACGCCACUUUAAACUGCGUUGGUUCUGUCUCUACCAAACAUGGUUGCUGGUCUUUCCUCAAAGGCGGCUUCCUUCUUGAUUCUCCUUCCCAACUAUCCAUCCUCUUCUUUGAGACAUCAAGCUAUGAUGGCAAAAUCCAAUUAGGAGUGGCGAGUGCUUCUCUUGAGUCUUUCACGCAAGAACAAUGGAAGAAGAGCCAAGAUUACUUCAUUAAUACGGCGAGAAAACGAGCAGUGACAAUUCACGUGGCCCGAGAAAACGGAGAGAGCGUUGAAGGAGCAGUGGUGAGGGUAGAGCAGAUCUCUAAAGACUUCCCAAUUGGGUCUGCCAUCUCCAAAACCAUUCUCACAAACAUUCCUUACCAAGAGUGGUUCGUGAAGAGAUUCGACGCGACGGUGUUUGAGAACGAGCUGAAGUGGUACGCGACGGAGCCCGAUCAAGGCAGACUCAACUACACAUUCGCUGAUCAGAUGAUGAAUUUCGUGAGGGGCAACAGAAUCAUCGCUCGCGGCCACAACAUCUUCUGGGAAGACCCCAGAUACACUCCCGCCUGGGUCCGCAAUCUAACCGGAGACGAUCUCCGGUCCGCGGUUAACCGGAGAAUCAGGAGUCUAAUGACUCGGUACAGAGGAGAGUUCGUGCACUGGGACGUGAGCAACGAGAUGCUCCAUUAUGACUUCUACGAAAGCCGAUUGGGGAAAAACGCGUCGUACGCCUUCUUCGAGGCGGCGCGUGAGAUUGACCCUCUGGCGACUCUGUUCCUGAACGACUUCAACGUGGUGGAGACGUGCAGCGACGAGAGGUCGACGGUCGACGAGUACAUCGCGAGGGUCAGGGAGCUCCAGCGGUACGACGGCGGUGGCCUACGGAUGGACGGAGUUGGGCUAGAGGGUCACUUCACGACGCCGAACGUGGCGCUGAUGAGGGCCAACCUCGACAAGCUGGCGAGGCUGGAGCUCCCAAUAUGGCUCACCGAGAUUGAUAUCAGCAGCAGCCUCGACCACCGCACUCAGGCGAAUUAUUUGGAGCAAGUGUUACGGGAAGGAUUCUCGCACCCAUGGGUGAAGGGUAUAAUGCUAUGGACCGCACUUCACCCUUCCGGCUGUUACCAAAUGUGCCUUACUGACGAUAAAUUUCAAAACCUUCCGGCGGGAGACGUGGUGGAUAAGAAGCUUAUAGAAUGGACGACCGGUGAGGUUAACGCAGCGACCGACGACCAUGGUUCCUUCAGCUUCUUGGGCUUUUUGGGAGAGUAUAGAGUCGGCAUCAUGUAUGAGGGUAAAACGGUGAACUCGUCUUUCUCGCUAUCCAGAGACCCUCAGACCAAACAUGUUAGGCUCCAAAUCUAACGUGUGUGCUAUGUUUUAGAUUAUCCGUUACCUAUUAUUAUAUUGCUGCGAAUGUUAUACGGUCGAUAGUUAUCAAUAAGAAACCUAAACAGGGUAAAUUUGCAAAUCUUCAAUUAGAAAAAUAAUUGAAUGUACUGGUGCGAGUGGUGGAGGACACAAACAAAAGUGACAACGGGUCAAAAAGGAGAUGAAAUGAGACGCGACUUUGUGGCGUGGGCUAACUUUCUUUAUAAAUUUAUAAUUUGUUUCACAUAUACUGAGACAUCAAAUCGACAUAAAUCCCUGAAAAGUAACACUAAAAGCUAAGUAGCAUCAUUCACUUCACACAGCCAUUAACUCUGUGGGAGGCCCAGCUUGGCUCUCACUAAUAUUUAACACUAAUUUUUAAGAAAUAGACCAACCAAUAUCCACACGCAAUAAAUAUCGAUCUUGCUUAUGGCGCAUUAGUACUAAACCCAACUAAGCUCACCACAUAAAACAUAUCUCACAAUUUCGAUUUUCGAGCAUGAAACAAUCCUUUCCAAGGCAGAUGAAGCAAGAACACCAACACACAAAGCUACAAUGCAAAACCCUAAAAGCCAAAUUGUUGCCGUCCUACGCGAAAAAACCGAGUGUAUCAACAACACAAUCUAAAAUGAAACAAGGCAAAAAUACUAACAAAACAAACUACCACAGUCAAAGAUGGAUACUACAAGAAAAUAACAAAGGUGAAUGCGGCGAGUAAUGUUGCUAGUGAAGUGCCGGCUAGUCGGCUCGAGUCUCCCAUGGCCAAACCAGCCAUCCAUGAUCCAUCUUGCAACAUCGUCUCUCCCGAAUCAUUACCCGACCCAGUACCCUGAGACCCGUACCCAUCACCCUGACUCUGACCCUGUUGUUCACCCUGGCCCGAGUAACCCGCAUCCGAACCGGGCACUGGAUCUGAACCUUGCGAGGUCGCCGACGAGUCUGAUACCGGUGUGGGGUAGCUUGUCGAUUUCUGACUUGGGGAAGAAGGGCAAAACGUCACCGUAUAGUCUCCACCGGCGCAAGUGAAAGUGCUCGUAGCAUCGUCGUAGGCGUAGCUGUAGGACCGAGGACAGGCGGCUUUGAACAUCUGCGAGUAAACGGAAGGUCGACAAGUCGAAGGUGUAGCGUACGCGCCGCUGCAACAGUACUCAGGACUCCGAAACGCUUCACACGCGCUUUUACAAGCGUCUCCGUCGCCGAAACGCAGCUCAGCAGGGCACUGAAGGUUAAGAUCGGAAGUGCAGCCCGUAGAAGCACACUGCCCAGAACCACCGGCGACUUCAACGAUCAUCGGAAUGUUGUAACCGUCGACGAGGCUCACGUCGUAGAAAUCGUCACCGCCAGUGCCAAGAGUGAACUCCGCGAGGGUAACAGGCGGAGCGGCGCCGAGUCCGCCGCAUUCGACUUGGUUUGAGCCGCAGUCUCCCGUUGUGCAAGUACCGGAGCCAGAACCGUCGAAGCUGCAACCGGUUCGAGCCCAGAAUCGACCGGACCAACCGGUUGGGGCUUGGAGAGAGCGUGAGGUGUCCUUAGGGAGCUCGAAUCCGGUGGUGGAGAGAGCAGGUGAGCCAGCAUUCGCCAGAAUUCCAGGCCAUACGGUGAAGGCGCACCGAUUUGCGAAUGUGAAUGUUGAGCCGUACGAACCUUAGAGAAGCUAAGAGCAGAACUAUGAAGGUCAGUGUGAGAGUACAAGACCCGCGACGAGAGGAAAGAUCCAUUACAGUUUUUCUUACUCUCGCUCCUCUUUGGUCUGAUCUAAUGAAAAGUGAAGAUCUUUGCUCUUGUGAGGAAGAUGGAAGAGAGAGGAGAGACUAGAAAAACUAUGAAGCUAUUUGGUUAAAAUGGAGUUUGUGAUCUUUAUAUUUAAUUUAGUUUUCCCCCUAAAAUGGAGUUUGUGAUCUUUAGAUAUAGAUGUUACUGGGCUCUAUGCCUGAAACCUGCUGACAAAUUUUCUCUUAUGCAAUUAUUGAAAAAAAAACAAAGAAAUUGGUUUUAAAUAGAAAAGAAAAAAUCGAUUAAUGAGUAUAGAGAGAGAGAUAAGAGGACAAGUGGUUU